AUGGCUACCAAAAACAGAUCUCGAAUCAUAAUGAAGGAAAACAGAAUUCCAUUAGGAAAGAAAAAAGAAAAUAUAGAAAUCAAAAAAAAUGAGAAGUUGGUUGUUGAUCAUGUCAUUUCAAAAACCAAGACAUUGAAGACAUCAAAAAUAUCUAAGAAAACAAAUAAAAGCAAUGAAAAUAAACUUAUUAACAUUAAUGUUGAACCUACAGAUACAUCGUUAACGAUUCCAAUUAAAAAACCAAGAAUCAUGCUAAGUACAAUUAAAGAAAUGAAAGAAUAUGAAGAAAAAUCCAAUACUAAAACCAUAUUGAAUAAAAUAAAGGUUGUAAAAGAUGAUACUCCAACAUUGAUUGAAAAAGAAAAUAAUUUACAAGGAGAUAUUGAUAAUAUAGACAAUUUCAAUAACACAAUUGACGAAAUGAAACUGGUAGUCCCUGAAAUUGUACUGAGUCCUUUCGUUUGUACAACACGUGGCCAAAAGUGGAAACCAAGUCCUCGCAAACCUCCAAAAUUAUCUGACCUCUAUGAUCAAUAUGAAGAUAACACUAUUGCUGAUAAUUAUAGGAAAAAAUUGGACAGAAAAACUAUUGAACUACAAAAUAAAGUUAAAUAUUGGGCAGAAUUAUCUUCUGAAAAAGGCAGUGAAGUUCCACAAUCUGUCAAAGAUGAAAUAGAUGUUGCUUGUGGACAAACAAAACUUUUGACAACUGAUAAAUUUAUGCAAAUGCGUACUCUGAUAAAUGAAUAUGAUAAUAAGUCUGGUCAAAUGCUCAUAACCACAAACGAUUUAGAUGGCUUUUGGGAUAUGCUAUUGUUACAAGUUGAAAAAUUAGAAGGUCAAUUUAGUCAACUUGACAUAUUGGAAAAAAAUAAUUGGGCUCCAUUAAAGCCAAUUGCUAAAAAGGUAAUUAAUAGACUACCAACAGUAAAUAAACGUCCAGUGGUAAAAUCAAAAUUUGCAGAUUUUAUUAAAAACCAAAAGUCUAAGGAAAAGAAAGCUACACCUAACAGUACAAACUCUAAUGAAAAAAAUGAUUCGAAUAACUCAAAGUUCAAUGAAAUGAAACUGUCUAAUAACACUUAUCUUACUUCAAGUACUCCAACUACUUCAAAUCAAAAAAAUACAAGUUUCACCCCAGUACUGUUGAAGACCAUAGAAUUAUCAUAUGUGGCUCGCAGGUCAGGUAUGACUCCAAUGGUACUAGUUACACCACAUGUAUCCCCAUUAAAACCGGCACUGAAAAAUCCAGAAAAUGUGAAAGGGACAAAGCGCAAAAACAUACAAUUUGAAUCUCCUAAAAAAAUUGUUGAUGAAUUUGUGACACCUGAAAACUCGUGCAAUGAUGAUACAAGCCAUAAAACCAUUAAAAACAGAGUUGUCACCCCUCACGCUUUAAAAACAACUAAGGUAAACCAGAACAAGGUUAUCAGAUCUCAGAACAAUCCCAUUAGUUCAUCAACCACUAACCACACUGGUAAUAAAAUUAACUUAAAAAGAACUAUCAAAGCACAGACAGAAAAGAAGGAGACAAUAAAUAAAAAGUUUGUUGAUGAGCAGGAUGGCAAAUCGUCUAUAAGGCGUUCUUCUAGAUUGGCCAACAAACCUUCAAAAAAUUACAAAUGUUAA